UAUCACUCGUUCACUCGUUGUUUAGUUAUCAAUGAAAAGCUGUUGCACAUCAAACAACAGCAAAUUGAGGCUCCGCACGACACUCUGUUAGACAAAAUGCUAAUACAAAUUCUAAUAGCUAUUUUCAGUGGAAUUUUGGCAUUUUCGCUAUGGAAAUUAAAUCAAAAUUAUUCUUUGGCCUCUUUGACGCGCAAAAUCACGACCAUCGAUGGAACACCGGUUGAAAGUAAAGCGGCCGUUGUUGGUGGAUUUUGGGGUAGCAACUUUGAUUUCUUAUCAAUGAAUUUGGAAGAAUUUUUCGACUACUCGCGUAUAUUUGCGGAAAAUCUCAAACGUAAUUACAUCCAAUAUUUCAUACUAACGCCAGUAUACAAUAUCAUUGAUGCGGAGACCGCUGAACUAGUUUUGAAUGAUUCACGUCUGCUGUCAAAGGGUGUUGUUUAUGAGUUUUUGCAUCCAUUUUUGAAAACUGGACUUUUAACAAGUACAGAUAAAAAAUGGUAUACCCGCCGACGUCUAUUGACACCGACAUUUCACUUCAAUAUUUUGCAACAUUUUAUGGACACCUUUAAGCAUGAAUCGAUGUGUUUUGUGGAAAAUCUGAAAACAUUGUUAGAAUCUGAUGUUUCAAAUGGUGAAGUGUCCUUAAGUGAUGUUAUUCCACGAUUUACACUCAACAAUAUAUGCGAAACUGCAUUGGGUGUGCGUCUUGACGAACGUUUAGAUGGCGAUGAAUAUCGUAAACACAUUACCAUGGUUGAGGAGAUGCUUUUGGAACGCCUGAAAAAUCCCCUCAAUGUUUUCCAGUUCAUUUACAAUAACUUCAGUGAGGGUAAGACCUAUUUAAAGGCUAUGGAAAAGUUGCAUGCAUUUUCCAGUGGUAUUAUUGAAAAGCGAAGAGAGCUGCUGGGCGAUGAAGUACUUAAGAAGGGCGAUAGUGGAGAAAAGGAUUCGGAGGCUAACAUUUAUCGCAAACAACGUUAUGCCAUGUUGGACAGUUUAUUGCGCGCCGAAAAAGAUGGCCUCAUCGAUCAUGCUGGCAUUUGUGAGGAGGUCGAUACAUUUAUGUUUGAAGGCUUUGACACAACAUCAAUGCAUUUGAUAUUUGUUCUAAUGAAUCUUGCCCUCUAUCCAGAAAUGCAACAAAAAUGCUGUGAUGAAAUUAAUGAAUAUAUCAGUGGUGAUUUAUCGUCAUUGGAUAUGUCGGAAUGAAGUAAUCUCAAAUAUUUGGAUUGUUUUAUAAAAGAAACCCAACGGCUGUAUCCUUCGGUGCCGAUUAUAAUACGUGAAGCAACAUCGGAUAUUGUAUUCGGUGAUAUGUUUAAUUUUCCCAAAAACACACAAAUAAAUAUUCAUAUUUACGACAUACAUCGUAAUCCCAGGCAUUAUAAGGAUCCGGAGGUUUUUAGACCAGAAAGAUUUGUCGGUGCCGAAAGCGAACAGAGGCAUCCGCUUGCAUUUAUACCAUUUAGUGCGGGACAAAGGAAUUGUAUUGGUCAGAAAUUUGCCUUGCUAGAGAUUAAAACACUGCUGGUCCACAUCCUCAAACAUUUUCGUUUGGAACCAGUCACAACACCCGACUCAUUUCGUUUCUCGGCUGGUAUUUUAUUACGUACAUCCGAUAAAAUUAAAAUCAAAAUAGCAAAAUUUCAAGAUUUCGCCAGAAUGUUUCUAUGGACUUUGGCUGUUGGCUUAAUUUGUAUUUUAUAUAUAUUUCGUUUGAAAAAAGAUUUUAAAAUAUUGGCAUUUUUUGCACCAAAACUUCGGACGGCGGAUGGUUCACCGGUUGAAAAUUUAGUACCCGCAUUACCGGGUAAAACAAUAUUUGGAAAUACAUUUGAUACGGCUGGAUUGGAUUUUGUUGAAACCUUCAAAUAUCUUCGCCGCAAUGCCGCUCUGAUGAAACGCAGUUAUGCUCAAUAUGUUAUGGGCAAAACGAUUUUCAAUGUUAUCGAUGCUGAAUUUGCCGAAAUGAUUUUUACCAAUACAAAACUGAUAACCAAGGGAUUUGUAUACGGAUUUCUGAAGCAGCUUUUGGGUGAAUGGCACACAAGACGUAAGAUGUUGACGCCAGCUUUUCAUUUUAAUAUUUUGGGACAAUUUCAAGAGAUUUUUAUUGAGGAAAGCCAAAAAUUUGUUAAAUUUAUGGAGAAUGCAGAAAGCGAUGUCUUGUCCUUGGAUAAAAUAAUACCCAAGUUCACAUUGAACGUUGUAUGUGAAACCGCUUUGGGUGUUAAACUGGAUGAGUGUCUUAAUGGUGAUGAAUAUCGCCGGAGUUUCAGUGUUUUCGAAGAAUGUUUCAAUAGACGUGCCAAUUAUCCACAUUUGAUGAUUGAAUCGGUUUAUAAAGCCAUAGAAGAGUAUAAAUAUUUACCAGCUCUAAAGAUCGCCCAUGAUUUCUCCAGUGAUAUUAUUAAAAAGAGAAGAGAAAUUUUUGCCCAAGAGCUUGAGCAAGCUGAAUCCCAGGCGGCACAAGAUGAGCAAAGGUAGGUGACGCUUUAUUAAGCCUCUAAAUACCAUUAUUUUUAACUCCAAUUAUUUCCUCGUUUCAGUUUUCUCAAGAAACGUUAUGCCAUGUUAGACACCCUAUUGCAUGCCGAAAAAGACGGUCUCAUCGAUCAUGCUGGCAUUUGCGAAGAAGUUGAUACCUUUAUGUUUGAGGGAUACGAUACAACAUCGAUGAGUUUGAUAUUCUGUCUGAUGAAUCUAUCGUUGCAUCCGGAAAUGCAAGAACGUUGCUACCAGGAAAUAAUGGACAAUAUCGAUUGUAAUUUAGAAUCUCUGGAUAUUGGCGAUUUGAAUAAAUUGAAAUAUUUAGAAUGUUUUCUCAAGGAAUCAAUGCGCCUGUAUCCCACGGUGCCAAUUAUAAUGCGCGAAGCAGUCGAAGAAACUGAAUUGCCAAAUGGUUUAAUCUUGCCCGCCAACUCGUUUAUUACAAUACAUAUUUUCGAUUUGCAUCGCAAUCCAAAACAUUUCAAAAAUUCCGAAGAAUUUGAUCCGGAACGAUUCUUACCUGAAAAUUCUGUGGGACGUCAUCCGUAUGCUUUUUCCCCAUUUAGUGCUGGCCAAAGGAAUUGUAUUGGUCAAAAAUUUGCCAUGCAUGAAAUGAAAACAUUGCUGGUCCAUGUCAUUAAGAACUUUAAACUGUUACCCAUGGUGGAUCCAAGCAAAUUUGAAUUUAAAUCUGGUAUUAUUAUUAGAACUAAGAAUGAGGUUAAGGUGAAAUUUGUUAAGAGACAAUAAAAAAAUUAUUACAAU